CCGGAAGAGACGAGAGGAUUCAGGAAGAGAAGCAGUAGUAGUAAAGGUCCGACAGUUCGGUAGGAGGCAUAUGUUUCUGAACUAUGACUGAGGCAGAGCUGUACACGCUGUACAAGGGGGUCUAUCUGCCUGUCUGUCUGCACCCUCCGCAGAGCCUGAAAUACUACGAGGAGUUUACUUUUCGCCCAGAUGAUAUUGUCAUUGUAACGUAUCCCAAGUCAGGUACGACUUGGCUGCAGGAGAUUGUCCCUCUGAUCAUGAGUGGAGGAGAUCCAGCUUCUGUUGAGACUAUCCCUAACUGGGACCGUGUUCCCUGGCUGGAGGAGAACCGGGCCUCUGUCCUUAACCUUGAACAGAGGCCAUCUCCACGCAUGUUUUCUACACACUUCCAAUACAACAUGAUGCCACCAUCCUUCUUUGAACGAAAGCCAAAGGUCAUCUAUGUCAUGAGGAACCCCAAAGAUGUGUUUACAUCUUCUUUUCACUAUUAUGGGAUGGCAUCCUUCCUGGUAAACCCAGGCCCACAGAGCGAGUUCCUCCGCAAGUUCCUUCAUGGAAAAGUUAUGUUUGGCUCAUGGUUUGACCAUGUGAAGAGUUGGCUGAAUGCUGAAGAUAAAGAGCGCAUAAUGUACAUCUCCUAUGAAGAGAUGAUAAUGGACCUGAAGGACUCUGUGGCCAGAAUCGCUCAGUUCUUGGAGAAAUCUCUGGACAAUGAGGUGAUAGAGAAGAUAGCAGACCGAUGUUUGUUCAAGAACAUGAAGCAGAACAACAUGUCGAACUACUCUGCAGUUCCUUGUGAAUUCAUGGACCAGACAAAGUCAGAAUUUCUCAGGAAAGGAAUUGCCGGAGACUGGAAAAACCAACUAACAGUGGCAGAAGCAGAGUACUUUGAUGCAGUUUACAAAGACAAAAUGAAAGAUGUCAAAUAUAAAUUUGUAUGGGAUUAAACUAAACUCAGUGCAAAUACUUUCAUGAAAGUUAUUCCGUGAUGCGCGUUAUGGCCAUACUGAGAUUAGUAUCAGUAACCAAUAGAUUUACCAGAAGUCAUGUAUCACAUUCAUGAGUACCGAAUUUCCAUACUAAUGCAUAUUAAUAGCUAAAACACUGUUAACGCAUAAUAUUUUGACCACUAUGUCCUUUUAGCUCUUCCUGAAAUCUACAACAGUGCCAAAAGUGGCAUUUUUUGUUAUAUCACAAAUGCAUUAAUCUAGCUGAUUUCUCUUUUUUUAAUCAUCUGCCCUUCCUAACAACCUACAGAGACCUGUACAUGUUUUUUUUUUGCAGUCCAAUCAGUGGAAAAUGCUGUCAGUUAUUUUUACAUAAAUAAGGUGAGUGUGUCACACCGUGUAACAUGUAUUAUGCACAUAACAUAAAUAUACUGAUUUGUUAAUUUGG